AUCGCGGAUUUUUUGCGGAGCUCCGAAGGAAGUCGAUCUCUUCAUGGUGGUUGUGAUAUGGGGGACUCGCUUGGUUUGAUCGGGAAGCGGCUGCUUCUGCUGCUCAAUGACGGGAGCUCCGCGUCUUCCGCGGGCGUUGGGACGGAUCCGGCGGCCUGGCUCCGCGGCACCGUGCGGGCGGUCAGUGUGAUCGGGCUGGAGAGCCCGGGGGUGGAGGUGUUCGUGGAGUUUGAGAAGAGCCCUUGCCGGCAGCGCUCAUGGGUGCAGAUGUACGGGGAUGAGGUGCGUGCGGUUCUCGUGGAGAGUGCCAUUGUCUGGGUCAACUGCAGUGACCCUUCCCUCUCCCUUCCCCCGGCUCUAGUAGCGGCUGCUACUCAAUGGCCAGCCUUGUUGUUCAAACCGCUGGUUGACCGAGUGGGUUUGGGAUCCGUGGUUCCUGUCGAGUUCUUUGGACCAAGAACUUUGUCGUUUUUCCCUAAUGGGAAUUCACUGCACACAUUUGAGACUGAAAAAGAUAUGAUACACUCUCUGCUACUAGAGCAGCCAGCGCUUCAAGCUGCCAUCAGCAGUUGGCACCGGGACUCUGAGCUACAGGAGAUCCUGCGCAAAGGAUCUUAUACUAUUCAGGGUCGGAGAGUACAGGUGUACCAGCCGGAGUUUGGGGAGCCCUGGGCCCUGGGCCUCGUAUCUCAGCAUGAUCCUGUUUCACACAUUAUGGAGAUUACCAUGGACCAGUGUGAGGAGACACAAGUGGUCGAUCCGCGGGUUAUUCACGUGAUGCUUGCUGCGGAACAAUCAGAUGAGAGCCAAGAUAGACGCAAGAAGGAGAGUGAUGGUGGGAAAGGUGAGGGCAGUCGGCGGCGCCGGACGGCAUCUGAAGGAAAUGAAGACAUUACUCUCAAACGUUUCAAAGGAGCCGGGGAGGGUGCCUCUGACAGCCAGAAUGGGAAUGGCUCCAACAAGGACGCUGGGGCUAUGGUAACACACGUAGAGAUGCCGGUAGAUUUAGUAGUGGAGAGAAAAGACGGAGGGGGUGGCGUAGGUGGGAGGGUGUCGAGCACCUGUAGUCCAGUAGCUUUCCCAAACCAAGACUCCUCUAACAACACCAAUUCCUCUCAGCAGGAUCACUCCCACAUUAGGAGCACAAGUUUUGUCAAGGAGAAUGGCAGUUUUGUCCCAAACCAAGAACGGAUAUCUUCAAUGUCAGCGGUGCUUCCUGCGUCCACUCCAACACCACCUCCAUUGAAGCCUGCCCCAUCGCCUUUUUCUAACACUUUUCCUUCUUUGGGGCAAAUGCCCAGUUUGGUGCCCGGGGCGCCUGCCCCCAAGUCAUCUCCCACACUCCCAUUAUCUGAGAGGGACGAGGGAGGUGUCCUUUCAGGGUAUCCUAAAACAGCUGCCCUGGUGUCUCCAGGUCCUGUGACCAUUUCGUCACCUUCCCAAGACAAUGCUUCAAGUGUGGCUCUUUCUGUUCCUGCAGACGCAAACCAAAAGCCCAGUAUGUGGGGAUCAACCCCAGAAGCAAGCCAGACCCCCAAGACCCUUGCUCUGGCUGCUGCAGUAUUUGGUAAACCAUCAAGUGAGUUUGGAGAUGUUCCCACACAGACAAAUGGUUCUUCCCAGGAGGACAAGCCUUUUGGCUUUCCCUUUGGAUCUGCGAAGGAACCCCAGAGGCAGAACGCUGAUCCCUCACAGAACCUGUUCUUUCAAUGCAUGUCUCAGAACCAGAGUAUCACACAAGGCCAGGCAAAGGCCUUCACAUCCUUGUCCGAGUGCCUGAACAAGGAGCCACCUAGCCUGUUCAAGCCUUCCGAGGGUUUCAGAAAGGCGGUUGUGGCUUCUGCAUCUGCUGGACUGUUUGGUUCAGCUCCUGCCAGUGGCCUGACGCCACUGAAAGAGCAGCCAAAAGUGCCUGAUAUCAAGCCUGCAGGCAAUGGGCUGAUGAGCAAGCCUUUUGGAGGGGUUGUGGAGGCACACGGAAAACUCCCAGCCACUUUCCCCUCAGCCAUCUGUCAAGCUGCGAGCUCUGCGGAGGUGCUGAAACCCUCUUUGGGAUUAGGAACCAGUGGACUUGGAAGUUCCAGUGGUGGGAUUAGAAAUGUUAACAGCUCGAGGCCAGGCAGCGGCUUCGGUUUGCUUGCUGGCAACAAGGUUCCAGAAACUCACGAGAACCUGUUCCUACAGGCGUCCAAGGAGACGAAUCCAUUUCUCGCUUAUGGUGGAGCUGUUUCGCACAGCCCUUUCAGUUCCUUGUCAACUCCAAAGUCGUCCUCUUCCGUGUCCGCAUCUGCUGUUUCACCUUCAGGCAGCUCCAGUGUACUUAGUCAAGAUCCUCCUGGGAAUGAGGCCAAACCAAAUCUGUUCACCAUGGCAGAACCUCCUAAGGGAAUCUUAACUCCCCAGUUCGCCACUCCUGCUCUCAUGACCACUCCGUCAUUCACUUCGGUAGCCCAGGAUGGACAACAAACGUCCAAAGCAAGCAAAGAGGGUUCGGAUGUCAGCACGGGAUCCCGCCUCUCCACUGAAGGCCAAGGUGUCUCUAUCCCCUUCGACCAAACCAAGUUUUCUUUGGAGGAACGCGGUCAGUCCACCAAAAGGGAUUCAGAGUCCAGUAGCAACAGUGACCUGUCUGAUUUGAGUGAGGCGGAGGACAACUCGAGCCAGAAACCUGGGGUUUCUGCAGCCAAUGAGGAUAAGAAUAAGACCCUGCCUGCGCCGAAGAGCCGGCCGCGGAACAAACCCUUUAAAGUGGGACAGUCCGUGUUGAAGGACCAGAGUAAGGUUCGGCGCUUGAAGCAGUCCGGAGAGUCCUUCCUGCAAGACGGCUCUUGCAUUAACGUGGCUCCCCACCUGCACAAAUGCCGCGAGUGCCGUCUGGAGCGCUACCGGAAAUCCCGCGAGCAGGACUCGGAUGAUGAUGACCCAAACGUGGCCUGCCGAUUCUUCCACUUUCGCAGGCUGGCUUUCACUAAGAAGGGAAUCCUUCGUGUGGAAGGUUUCCUGAGCCCGCAGCAGAGCGACAGCAUGGCAAUGGGGCUGUGGCUGCCCUCCAUCGCGGUACAUGAAGGACUUGACCUGGACACGUCCAAAUAUAUUUUAGCAAACGUGGGUGACCAGUUUUGCCAAUUGGUCAUGUCAGAGAAAGAAGCUAUGAUGAUGGUAGAGCCCCAUCAAAAAGUGGCAUGGAAGCGAGCUGUGAGGGGAGUGAGAGAAAUGUGCGAUGUGUGUGAAACUACGCUGUUCAACAUCCACUGGGUGUGUCGCAAAUGCGGCUUCGGUGUUUGUCUUGACUGCUACCGGCUACGCAAGAACAGGCCACCUGAAGUAGAAGACAGUCCUGAAGAAGAGGUGUUCUCAUGGCUGAAGUGUGCUAAAGGACAGCCACAUGAACCACAGAACCUCAUGCCCACUCAAAUCAUACCCGGCACAGCCUUGUACAGCAUAGGUGACAUGGUACACUCAGCCAGAGGUAAAUGGGGGAUCAAAGCGAACUGUCCCUGCAUUAGUCGACAUAACAAACCCUUGGUGCGGCCCAGUGCUCCAAAUGGCCUUUCACAGUCGAGUACAGCUCACACUUCGGGGAAUGGAGCCAGCACCACUUCAGCCACAAUCCGGCCCAAUGGGGAAUCUCCAGCAGGUGUAGUGGUCAAAACAGAAUCUGAAGAGGCGAGCAGUGCUGACACAACAUCAAGCACGAGUGGGACAAACAGCAGCGCGUCUAGCCCUCCUGCUCCCCCGACACCAGCCGCAAAAGAUAGCAAGGCCAGUUCCUCAGCCCUGCACUGGCUGGCUGAUCUGGCCACGCAAAAGGAGCCUAAAGAGUCUCUGCGAUCCAUGAUGGGUCGUGACCCUCGCACUCCGUUUGGCCUGGACUCCUUCAGCACCCUUCCCAAACCCUCGGGGUCAAACCCCAAGCUCUUCAAUAGCCUGCUCCUGGGUGCUGGGCCAUCCCAACCCAAAGCAGAGGGUACUAGCCUCCGAGAUCUGCUGAACUAUGGCCCUGGAAAGCUCCCUCAAGGUCCCGCAGAGGGAGGAGUCCCCUUCCCUUCAGUGUUCUCCACUGCUGGUCAGGCUGAUAAAAUGAAGGGAGGUCUUCCUAAUUUCCUGGAUCAUAUCAUUGCGUCAGUAGUAGAGACAAAGAAGGCUGAGGGUCGGCGUGUGUCGGGGUCAGCAGAAGGCGGCGAGUCUGGGACUGUUCCUCGCAGAGAGGGGAUGAUGGGCCUCAACGUACUCGACCCCCACACCUCCCACUCCUGGCUGUGUGAUGGCCGUUUACUCUGCCUGCAGGACCCCAGCAACAGCAACAACUGGAAGAUCUUCAGAGAGUGCUGGAAACAAGGACAGCCUGUGCUGGUUUCGGGCAUACACAGGAGACUGAAGGGUAACUUAUGGAAGCCUGAGGCUUUCAGCCUGGAGUUUGGUGACCAGGAUGUAGACCUGGUCAACUGUAGGAACUGCGCCAUCAUCUCUGAUGUCAAAGUCCGAGACUUUUGGGAUGGCUUCCAGGUUAUUUCUAAACGGCUACAAGGUGCAGAUGGCCAACCUAUGGUACUAAAACUCAAGGACUGGCCUCCUGGAGAAGAUUUUAGGGACAUGAUGCCCACUCGAUUUGAUGAUCUCAUGGACAACCUUCCUCUGCCAGAGUACACAAAAAGAGACGGACGUCUCAACCUGGCUUCUCGUCUUCCUAACUUCUUCGUUCGGCCAGAUCUGGGCCCUAAAAUGUACAAUGCCUAUGGUCUGAUCUCCACAGAAGACAGGAAGGUUGGCACCACUAAUCUGCAUCUGGACGUAUCCGAUGCAGUUAAUGUAAUGGUGUAUGUGGGCGUCCCAGAAGGAGAAAGUGAACAAGAAAAGGAAGCAGACCUCGCUGGAUUUAAAGAGGUGAUGCUGACCAUUGAAGAGGGUGAUGUGGAUGAAAUGACUAAGAAAAGAGUCUACGAGAUCAAGGAGAAACCUGGAGCUCUCUGGCACAUCUACGCCGCUAAAGACGCCGAAAAAAUCCGCGAGCUCCUGCGAAAGGUUGGAGAAGAACAAGGACAAGAGAACCCACCAGACCACGAUCCCAUCCAUGACCAGAGCUGGUACCUGGACCAGACGCUGCGCCGCAGGCUGUUCGAGGAGUAUGGGGUCCAGGGCUGGUCCAUUGUGCAGUUUUUGGGAGAUGCCGUGUUCAUCCCAGCUGGAGCGCCACAUCAGGUGCACAAUCUGUACAGCUGUAUCAAGGUUGCAGAGGACUUUGUUUCUCCUGAGCACGUGAAGCACUGUUUUAGACUGACGCAAGAGUUCCGGCACCUUUCCAACACUCACACUAACCACGAGGACAAGCUACAGGUGAAGAACAUCAUUUACCAUGCUGUGAAGGAUGCUGUGGGAACACUAAAGGCCCACGAGCCCAAGAUAGGCCGCUCUUAGUUGGAGAGAUGUGGGUUUGGAUGAGGCCAUUGCGCUCGCAAAACAAGCUGUUUAUAAUGGAACGUCUCUCAGCGUUUUGGUAGGAUGAAGAUGCCGCUUCAUCAGUGUUACAAAAGCAUCGUUUAGUUUUACAAUCCGUUUCUCUGUAUUUAAAAAGUCUGUUUUUUGCUCCGCGUUUAAAAUUUGUUGGACUGUUCACAGAGCUGGUGAUUAUAAGUUGACAUGAAUCUUUUUAAAGGCCUUCAGCAAGGUUUUUCUAUGACUUCUGUGAAACGUGAGCACUGGGUUUCCUUCUUAGAGAACAUUCAUUCUGUGCUCUUCAAUGAAGGAGAGCUUUUAGAUAAGAUGGGGUCAACAGAAAUUAAAAUGAGUAAAAGAUUCCCACCACCUUGUCCAGGAGAGGUGGAAAUGAACAUGGAAGGGGACUAGACCAAAGUUUUUUAGUUUUAAGUUUUUUUGUUUUGUUGUUGUUGAUGAAAACAUGUCCUUCUGAUUUUUUUUGUAAUAUGCCAUAGGUAAUAUUUCACUGACAACAAGAGUUAGACUGGCGUUGACGAACAGUCAUUCAAGAAUCAACAAUUCCAGUUCUGCAGAACUACUGCUCAUUAAUAUGUACCAAUAUAUAUAUUGAUCUUAGCAGUGUGUAUGAUUUUUUUUUUUCCACAAUAAAGAUUUACAAGAAAGGAUCUGGCCCUGUUGAUUGGAAAUGACGACGGAUUUCUUAGCUAACUAUUUGUUAAAUGCUUACUAUUUUAUUUUAUAAGACAUUUUGUGGUUCAUGGAUGGCACUGCAAUAAACUAAGCUUUUGAAAUAUU